AUGUUCCCCUCUUUGGAUUUCUCUCGUUUCCACGAUCCCUCUCAGCGAGAGGAAUUCUGUCGCCAAUUCGUCUCAAUAUUGAAGGAAUAUGGAUUUCUCAAACUGAUCAAUCACGGCAUUCCGUGUGCCCAGAUUGACCUGGCAUUUGCGGCAGCACGCCACUUCUUCCAAUUACCCUUGGAACAAAAGUUGAAAGCACCUCAUCCUCCCACCGCGCAUCCACAUCGAGGCUUCAGUCCGGUCGGGCUGGAGAACGUUGGGGCUGUCUCCGGCUAUGGCAGCGCAACGAAAUCUCCUUACGUCGGAGACAUGAAGGAAUCCUACGACAUUGGAUCCGAGUAUGAUCCACUCUACAAGAACAUCUGGCCACCCCCGGGAGUGGACGAUGGCUUCCAACCGACCUUUACUUCAUUCUUCGAAGCUGGCUAUCGCACCGAAUUGGCCAUCCUCAGGGCUCUCUCGAUCGGACUAGGUCUACCUGAGCAAACGCUUGGACAGCUUCACGCAGACCAGACCAAUGAGCUGCGCAUCACGCACUAUCCGGCGGUCGCCCGAGGGGAUUUUGUGCAUUCGACACGCAUCGCGGCGCACACCGACUUUGGGACGAUCACCCUGUUAUUCCAAGAUACAGUCGGAGGCCUACAAAUGGAGGUUCCACCGCACAGUGGGCAGUUCGCGGACAUCGAGAGUGGAGGGCCAUACGAGUGUAUUCUGAAUGUCGGCGAUUGCCUGCAAAUGUGGACCGCGUUGCACAGUGCGUGCCAUCGAGUCCAUCUUCCCGUCCGGUCCAGUGAAGCGCAAAUCGACGAGAUGGUGCCGGAGCGCUUCUCCAUCGCGUACUUUGCGAAGCCCGACCGUGCUGCUAUCCUCCGACCCUUACUGGAAGGAGAUGGAGAUCCCGAGGGGAAAUAUCCGACAGCCAAUGAGUUUCAACACAUGCGGAUUGCGGGAACAUACGGAUGA